AUGUUGCUUUGGGCUGUUCUUCUGGCCUGUGCGAGUGCAGUACUAGCAGUUCCUAUCUUUGCCCCUGUCUACCAGACAGCUAUUCACGCACCAGUUGCUGUUCAACCUAUUACUUAUCCCAGAUACGCAUUCAACUAUGGAGUAAAGGAUCCGCACACAGGAGAUAUUAAGUCACAACAAGAAGAGAGAAAUGGCGAUGUAGUAAGAGGAAGCUAUUCUCUAGUGGAGCCUGAUGGAUCUACGCGCACGGUGACAUACACUGCUGAUGAUCAUAAUGGUUUUAAUGCUGUUGUACACAAAACUGGGCAUUAUACGCAUCCUGUACGGGUCCACACACCAGCAGUUCCCUUAGUACCUUCACUUCCGGCAUUCUUUGGUUAA